GCAGGGCUUUCCUCCAUGACGUCAGAGGGCGGCAGCCACGGAGCUCGAGGCGACGCGGAGCGGCUGCGGAGAUCGUCCAGAGUUUGGCCGCUGCUCUCCCGGUGCGCACCAACAGUAAGAAGGCCGACACCCGCAAGGACACACCGCCGAGCCCGCAGAGCAGGGAGGCGGACACGGCCACGGAGGCAGCGCCGCGGACACCCACGCAGCUUCCAGCACGGAGCGGAGAGACGCGGGGAGCCGCCUGGACCGCAGCCGGAGCGGCAGCCGCAUCUCCCAGCCUUCUGUGGAGGAAACCCGGAGCUGAGCGAAAAAGACCGUUCAGAGGCCGGCGUUGAACCACACGGAGAGGGAGGCAGCCGAGGAGAAGCUCUGAGAGAAUCAAACCUGAGGAAUUAUUACAAGAUCCAGCCUGAAGCCGUGGAUUCGUCUGCCGUCUGUUUUUGUUUUUUCACCCUCUCUGUGUUUUUGUAAGAGGAUGACUCAUUGAAACUGACAAUCUUUUUUUGUUUAACAGUCAGAGUCGCUGUAAUGUUUGACCUCUCCCUGAGACGCUGAGAUUCUCUCUACUUCUACGUUUGAAGUUUCAGAGAAGCUCUGGGAUUUUUUCUUUUUGAGCUCAUCUCUUUCAUUUUCUGUUGGUGUUUGUCUGUUAUCUCACGCCGUCUUUUCCUGAUAACGUUUGGUUUCUCAUAAGAGGAAGAGAAGGAGGCGACUGUUUCUCAAGUUUCUCAGCCAGGCGCCUGAGCAGCAUUUGCAUUCCAGUUUGGCUUCCACAGGCGGACAGAUCCUCCCUUGUGUGCGACAGAGUGUGUUUGUGUCCCUCAGUCAUACUUUAACUCGUAUUGGGGGACAAUAAUCGGCCCUGUGUGUCUCUUCUGGGAAAAAAUGGGAUCAGAAAAGGACUCAGAGUCGCCUCACUCCUCGGUGAGUGGCGUCCCCAACCCUAAGUGCCGACCGGCGGGCAAACGUCAGGGCCGCAUCUCCUUCCACAGCCUCUUCCACAGCAAGAGGGGCUCUCGGGGCACCAGGGGCCCCAAAGGAGGAGCGGCCACUCCUCUAUCCCUCCACCACCAACACCACCCACAGCAGCUGCUCCCGUCUGCCUUGAGUUCUGCCGCGGCCUCCGCCACGCCCACCACUACCACCACCACAACCGCCACCACGCCCCAGGACGCCGCCUCCGGCACCCCAUCGAAGCCACUGUCCUCCAGCCAGCCGUCCCUGGGUGGAGCCGCCUCCUCCGGGGACAACAACCUCCUGGAGUGCCCCCUGUGCCUGGUGCGCCAGCCCGCCGACCAGCUGCCCGAGCUGCUGGGCUGCAGCCACCGCUCCUGCCUCUGCUGCCUGCGCCAGUACCUCCGCAUCGAGAUCACAGAGAGCCGAGUCCAGCUCAGCUGCCCUGAGUGCGCCGAGCGUCUGGCCCCGAGGCAGGUGGCCGACAUCCUGGACGACGCCGCCCUGCUGGAGAAGUACGAGGAGUUCCUGCUGAGGAGGUGCCUCGCCUCCGACCCGGACUGCCGAUGGUGUCCGGCGCCCGACUGCGGGUUUGCCGUCAUCGCCUCAGGCUGUGCCAGCUGUCCCAGGCUGGUUUGUCGCAGGGAGGGUUGCGGCGCAGAGUUUUGCUACCACUGUAAACAGGCCUGGCAUCCCAACCAGACCUGCGACUCGGCCCGCCAACAGAGGGCGCAAUCCCUGCACACCCACAGCAACCACUCGCCCAGCUACACCCAGGAGCAGGGACCCGCUGAUGACAUCAAGCCCUGCCCUCGCUGCGGCGCUUACAUCAUCAAGAUGAACGACGGCAGCUGUAAUCACAUGACCUGCGCCGUCUGCGGCUGUGAGUUCUGUUGGCUCUGCAUGAAGGAGAUCUCCGACCUGCACUACCUCAGUCCUUCUGGCUGUACGUUCUGGGGGAAGAAGCCUUGGAGCAGGAAGAAGAAGAUCCUGUGGCAGCUGGGAACUCUGAUCGGAGCUCCGGUCGGCAUCACGCUGAUCGCUGGCAUCGCCGUUCCCGCCAUGGUCAUCGGAAUCCCGGUUUACGUCGGCCGCAAGAUCCACGCCCACUACGAGUUGAAGAAGACGUCUCGCCACAGGAGGAACUUGGCCAUCACCGGCGGCGUCGCUCUGUCCAUCAUCACGGCGCCCGUCAUCGCCGCCGUCAGCGUCGGUAUCGGCGUUCCCAUCAUGUUGGCCUACGUCUACGGCGUCGUCCCCAUCUCUCUGUGCAGAGGAGGCGGCUGUGGCGUCAGCAGAGGGAAGGGACGCGGUGUUCGGAUCGACUUUGACGAGGACGAUGGACCGAUCACGGUGGCUGACGCCUGGCGAGCUCUGAAGUCUCCGAGCCUCGGUGAGAGCAGCCUGGACGGGGCGGUCAGCGGUCUGAGCACCACCUCCCCCAGCGAGGGGCUCUCUGUGGCCCCCGGGGCCCUGGGCGACACCCCCCACUUCAACACCCUGGCUGGAGGAGCUCUGGGGACUCGGACCAGCAAGUACAGCAGGCUGGAGGUCCAAGCAGGAGAACUCGCUAAAGAAUCGACCCAGAGAGAGACAGGAAGUCUGGGAGCAGGAAGUGACUGUGCCAGCACCCGAGGAAUGGCCGGAUCCAUCAUCUCCUCCUACACCCUACCUGACAGGGAGUGCACCAACCUGGAGAUCCAGGUGGACAUCGAGACCAAACCCAGCCAUCUCUGCCUGACCAGCGAAGAGGACCUAACCCCACAUCCGGGCUCUGCUGCCAUGGCGACCGCCUCCGGAGGGGAGGAGCCUCAGGACUGCAGCUCCAGAAGGGGCGGGGCCUUGUCAGGCUCGGCACUGGGCCUGUCGCCAGGGGCGUCCAUCAGAGAGGGGCUCCGAGACGUGACUCUGGCCCAGCCGGAGAGCAUCAGGAGCGACCUGGAGAUGUCGGACACUCAGUCGGACGACAUCGCCGAGCUCACGUCAGACGACUGCGACUCGCCUCACCCGAAGAGCUGCCACCCGUUGGCCGGCCAGCAGCCGUCCUGUCGAGCCCUGAACCCGUCCACCGAAGGCCUUCACUGUCCCGCAGACAGCAACGUCAUCCUCUACGUCUGAGAGAACACAGCUCUCAGGAUUGCACAAAAACCCCACCAUCUACAUUGAAACUCUCCCAAACUUCACAGCUUUUCUUUUCUCUCGUUUGCUGCUUCUGCGACUCACAGACUUUCUCGUCUUAAACACAGACAGCGUCGGUUUACUUUGUCUGUUCUGUCUUAUCUAUCUACCUGCCAAUCUCCUCUCUGAGCAAAUUGUCAGGGCUCUACCUCUGAGAUUUAUAACAUGAUGAUUUAUGUUUACUCCUCGGUGCAAAAUGCCUUGGCUACCUAAGCAAAAAAAAGAGAAAAAAAACAAGAGGUACAAAUUUUCCACAAAAACUGAAAAUUUGCAAAAUUCUGUAACAAGGUGAAGCGUCACCAAGCACAGCAGAGAGAAGAGGACUGUUGGGAGAACAGAUGUUUGCUGAGGACGAAGAGGAUGUUUUUAACGGUGUGUGAGUGAAUGUGGACUUUGUACUCGACUAUCGUGGCUUUAUUUUCCUUUUCUCCUCUAUUUAUAUUCAGCCGACCUUGAAAUUGUAUUAUUUGCCGUGUGCAUGAGUCUGCAUGAGCCGUUCCCUGUGUGGAAGGUUUAAAAGGCAGCGAGUUUCUGUUACACUGAUGAAAGCGAAAGUUUACUUUAGAGGACGAAGCUGCACUUGAAUCUCACUUUUCCUGCACAGAGUUAAAGGAGGACGGACACAGAGACAGAAGGAAGCUGCAGAAAUGAACCACGGAGUUCUGACAGAAACACAGAAAAAUCUGUAGAGAGAUGCACUGAAAAAGCCAUUUUAUUGUAUUUACUCAGUGAAGGACGGGUUUGUUUGACUGCUCUGCACAAAUCUGCAUCUAAUGAGCUUUAGUAGAGGAUGUCCACUUUAGGAGUUAGAACAUGUUUGUCCACCAUGAUAAAAACAAGAGGAGGAUUUUUAUUGAAACCAUUAAAACAUUCACUACAGUUUAUUUAAUUUAUCUCCGCCACAUUCACACACAAAAACUCAUAAAUAAAGCCAUAAAAAUGUGCAGAAAAUGAACAAGUAAGUUCACUUUUAAAACUUACUCCUGUGUUUGUAAGUGAAAAUAAAUUAAAAUAGAAUAUAAUUCUCAAAAAAAAAAAAUGCCGAAACCAGAAAGUCCUGCCGGUUUUCAGAGAACUGGUUUCUGGAAUUAUAAACUCACUUAUCUUUAAGAGCAUUUUGCAUGAAUCCUUUAGUCACCUUCUAGAGGCCUCAAAUGUCUGCACUCUGAAAAAUUAAAUGGAUUUAAGGUGACACAUAUUAAAACAGCAAAAUAAGUAAAAUACAAGUAAAUAAUUCUAAAAAAAAAAGUUUUCAUAGAAAAGAUGCAUAAUUUCUAUUAAAUUUUAGAUAUAAUAAAAAAAACCUAAAUAUAAACUAUAUUCUAGUUCAAGUCGACUUAAUGGCUGUUUUUUAAUCUGUAUAUUUUAGAAAAAGUUUUCGAUUCUCGUGUCAUAAUAUAAACACUUAAUGACUUUUUAUUUCCUGAGCUUUCAGCCACAUUCUAGUCGACAAAUCUCAUUCUGACAACUGAAGAAAACCCUUCAGAUGUGGAUGAAAGCUCUGGAAAACACUAGUAAGAGGACUUUGGAUCUUAAGAUGUUUGUUAUAAACUGUAAAUUAUUGCUGUCAGUAAUGUAUAAAAUACGUUUUCGAUCAACAAGGCUGCAAUUAAUGAUAAUGUGUACUAUUAAUGAUUAAUAUAUGGAGUAACUGAUUCAUUUUUUACAACAAAAUAUCAGGAAAUGCUGAGAAAUGAGCGAAAAUUGAUUUAUUCUCGUUGUUUAAGAGUCCAAAACUGAAAAAAAUGCAGUUUUUAUUAUGUAGAAUUCCUGCACAGCGCCAUUUUAGAGCAACUCUUCAGAAUAGAAGUGCAAACUGAAAAGAUAAAAGUAUGAAUUAACCCUUUAACUCACAUAUUAUACAUAAAUAAACUGGUAGAAGCAUAAAUAAACACAUAUAUGACAGAAAACAUUACAUUUGUUUGGAAUGUUUGACCUAAAAGUAGUCGUACUUUUUAAAAAGACUUCCCCUCUGGGUGGAUAUUUGUGUCAGAGCUGGGAUUAAACUCCAUGAAUCUGGUGUCGCUGUCAGAACUUCCUGUUUGUUUCUGUCGUGCGUCAUGUGACCGGUUGGUGUUUGACGGUUGGCUGCCUUAUCGACUCUGCUGACCAACAUGACGGCACCCAGCCGGCUGCUUUAUUUUCGCUGUUUUUUGUGGUUUUUGGUGGUUCUGGUUUCUGUCUGACCCACCUGAACGUGAUGUUUGUGUGAACGAAUGGACUCCUGAUGAAUGUAUUUCUGUGUCCCACUUUGUUUGUUGAAUGAGCACUUGUGCACUUUAUCUGAAUUUAUCUUAUUUAUCUUUUAUUUUUUUCGCUACUCCUCAUCUGUUGCUGAGUUUUUAACUUCGGUUGCUUACAAAAGUCUGUGGUACAACCAAAAUAAAUCACCUACCAGAGGGCCUUUAUGUUGGAUGUAACUAACAAGAGUUUGGCUCCAAAACCUUUUCGCUUUUUCUGGUUUAUCACUCAGUAUUUUUAACUUAAAGGUGUUUUUAUCAAUUCUGUGAUGCAAGGACUGUACUUAUUUUAUAUUUUCUCCUCUUAAUUUAUGUUCUACUAAUCCUUUUUACCAGUGUGGACGUGUCCUUUUGGAGCCAAACACUUUGAAUUUUGAUGCCGAUAAGCUCUUCUUAAUCAUUGCCUGACUUGUUUCUUAGCUUUGUAUCACCUCCGUGCUUCUGUUUGAAAAGGUUCCCGCCAGGUUGUUCCUUUAACCUGCAAGGAAACGACUCUGGGGAACCUUUUUCAUCUCAGAGUAGCUUUAUGGAUUUAGCUGCUUAUGUGACUUGGCAGUGCUUCGUUUGGUCUACACUUGUCACUAGUUUCUGCCUGCCUGCCUGUGAGGAAACACACGAAUGUACCAUGGACGGAAACCCGAAACUUCCUGAAAGAGUGUGAAUGACGGAUGGAAAGUGUCCUUUUAGGAACACAGGUGGUCCUGUCUUUAUUUGAAAAAGGUUUAGAGUAUAUAGAUAGCAAUAUUUAAGUGUUAUUAUACUGUUUGUGUAUCUCCUGUCACUGUUGAAGCCCCUGAUCCUAUGUGGGGUUGUACAUGCAGGACUGUGAAAGGCAACUUGUGGACCUUUUGGGGAAAAAUAAAUAAACACAAUCUGAUGUUGCACCAAAA